CUCCUUCAAAACUCCGCCCACUGGUCCCACCUGUAAUCUGGUCCGGCUAGAGAGGGUUUUUAGUUCCUAGAGCCGGUGAAGUUAGCUGCUGGCACUACCAAGUUAAAACUUAAUUUACCUCUGAUUCCUUACGAGGACUCUAAAUAAACAUUAGAUAUGGCGGUGAACACAGGCACUUCUCUAGUGUUGUCCAGUCUGCUGUCAGUGCUGGUAUUUGCUGGCAUGCAGAUGUUCAGUAAGCAGCUGGGAUCCACUGAGUGGCUCACCAUCGUGGGAGGUUUCCUGGGCUCAGUCCUCUUCAUCUGCUCCCUCACUGCAUUUAAUAAUCUUGAAAAUCUGAUUUUCGGGAAGGGAUUCCAAGCCAAGAUAUUCCCAGAGAUUCUGGUGUGCCUGUGCCUAUCAUUGUUUGCCUCUGGUCUGGUACAUCGCGUCUGUGUCACCACAUGCCUGAUAUUCUCCCUCUUUGCCGUGUACUACAUCAACAAAGUAUCUGCGGCGCUCUACCAAGCCGCUGUUCCCGCAGUAACACCAGCCAAGGCUGCCAGCAAGGGCAAAAGGAAGAACUGAUGAAUCUGUUGGAUCCCACUUGCAUCCAGUGAAUCAGUUAAUAUUACGCAGGUGCUGAUGGGCCAGUGCAACAAAGCAGUUGCAUAUUUUUUAGUAGUGUCUUAAAUCCAUAACCCUUUGUGUAUUUCAGCAGGCUUUCUAAAGAUGAUUUGAAAAGCGACAAACAGUUCAAUGACUUUAAGUCAGUCAUAGUUUUUUUGUGUUUUUUUUUACAGUGAUCUCGGAUUUAAGGUAAUUUAAAAAAGCGAAGCAAAAAAGAUUAGAAAAAAGAAGAAAAAAAGCCAUCAACAUUCCAUUGACAACCUUUUCCUCAGCACUCAUUUUUACACUGACUGCAAAGAGAUUGAAACAUCCCAACGUGUUACCUGUGUAUUCAUCAGCACAAAAAGUGGCUUCCUUUUGUUUAAUUCAUUUUGUAAUUAAACUCUGUAAAAUUA